GCCAUUUUAUCAGUUCUAUGAUCUUCUAUGCUAAGAUAUCGCCAUUUUGGUGUGUUGUAUUUGUAAUUAGAAAAAGAUUUACCAAAUGAUAGUACUAACGAGGAAUAUAAAUAAUUAAGUUGGUGUCCAGUUUGUGCAUUCAUCUGUUAGUAAUUUAAUUAUUUUAUUUUAAAGAUAAAAAACAUUGUAAUAAUGGACGAUAAGGCGUCGUGUAAGGAGCUGGAUGGAUGGAUAGAACAGUUAAAUGAAUGCAAGCAAUUAACGGAAAAUCAAGUUAAAACACUAUGUGAUAAGGCUAAAGAAAUAUUGUCAAAAGAAUCAAAUGUACAAGAAGUGAAAUGCCCAGUAACAGUAUGUGGAGAUGUCCAUGGACAGUUCCACGAUCUGAUGGAACUGUUUAGGAUAGGAGGUAGGAGCCCAGACACUAAUUACCUGUUCAUGGGAGAUUAUGUAGAUCGUGGAUACUAUUCUGUUGAGACUGUCACCUUAUUGGUAGCACUGAAAGUCAGGUACAAAGAGAGAAUUACAAUUUUGAGAGGCAACCACGAAUCAAGACAAAUCACACAAGUUUACGGAUUUUACGAUGAAUGUCUAAGGAAAUACGGAAACGCGAAUGUAUGGAAAUUCUUCACCGAUCUGUUCGAUUAUUUGCCCCUAACAGCGCUCGUCGAUAGUCAAAUUUUCUGUCUGCACGGCGGAUUGAGUCCUAGCAUCGACACCUUGGAUCACAUUAGGGCGCUUGAUCGUUUACAAGAGGUACCUCAUGAAGGCCCCAUGUGCGACCUUCUCUGGUCAGACCCUGACGACCGCGGGGGCUGGGGCAUCUCCCCCCGUGGAGCCGGCUACACCUUCGGACAGGACAUUUCAGAAACGUUCAACCAUACCAACGGUCUGUCUUUAGUAUCUAGGGCGCAUCAACUCGUCAUGGAGGGUUACAAUUGGUGUCACGAAAGAAACGUAGUGACCAUUUUCAGCGCCCCCAAUUAUUGCUACCGAUGCGGUAACCAGGCGGCCAUUAUGGAAUUAGAUGAUGCCCUGAAAUAUUCAUUCUUACAGUUUGAUCCAGCACCAAGACGUGGCGAACCUCAUGUUACGCGUAGAACUCCAGACUAUUUCCUUUAAACAUUCUUAUUGAUACGUUUUUUUUUCAACUGCAAUAUAUCAUACAACAAAAAAAAAUACAAAGAAGAAAGCUUAGUAUAAUUGUAUUUGUAAAACAAAAUAUCAUAUAGUCUAUUGCGAUGACGCUGACGAACACCACAUCCCAUCCUAUAUUAUUACGAUUAUUAUUAUUCUUAAUAUUUUUAUUAUAUUUGAUUCCUUUUUGAUAACGAUAAAUAAAUUGUAAGUAUGUUAUUGGUGUACUAUUUAAUUCUCGAGAAUCGUCUAGCUGUGUAAUUACAAUUAUUUACCCUUUAGAAUUAUGUAGAGCCCCCUUUUCGAUCGUUAUCAAGAGGGUUUUCAUCGAGACAAUGGGUAUGUUGCGUCUAUCGCUGCAAUUCUGGUUAUUUUUUUCAUCCCCCAGUACUACUAGAUUUGUAUAAAAGACCAAGAGAAAUGCAUCCAAAACGCAUUGUGCUUGUAUUUGUAUAUAUUAAAAGAAUACGUGGACUGUCUACACUCCUAAUCUUGCAUUUAGAAAUACUUUUUAUAAAAGCGAAACUGCUAUAUCUUUCAAGCUGCAAUGGCAAGUUAUAGGAGUACUUUUUAAGCCUAGACUCAUGUGCAUACACUAAAAAUUCUAAACAAAGACAUCUGAAACCACGUGGAGACGACAGUGUCAUUCAAGAAGACCUACGCAUUCGUAGAUCUUUGGAUCACAUCUUCGAAGAUUCAUGUAUUAAAGCCUGUGAGUGUCUGAGACCCAUUUUGUUGCUAGCAGUGGAUACAUUACAUCCAUUUCACUCAGGCCUAUACAGGGUGUCCCCGAAAAUAGUGUGUUCCUUUAAGGUUUGGAUAUAAUCCACUUAUAUGGUUCUCCAUAUAAGCGAACUUUUAUUUCCAUAAAAUUGAAUAAUUUGGCAUCACUGUACAAGAACUGUGGGUGACUUAGGUUAUUGACACCAAAAAAGUAUGUCAGAAAGGUAGACACCUGCAAAAUAAUUAUAUCAUCCCAUGUUUGAAAAGCAAACAAAACAAGAAUUUGUUUGUUUGUUGAGGAGGAAGUCAGGGUUUAACGUAAAUACUACAGGCCCAUACUGCAACUAUUUUUGAAUUGUGAUUCUUUAUCUUCAGAUUUUUGUAUACAUAGUUGUCAGAUUUCAAUUUGCAUACCAAAAUGUAUUUUGAUUUUUUGGUCAAACGGUUGAAUUUAGAAAGAAAUGUUAUAAGACUUUUUUGUUCUACAUGGUGCCUUCUACCUAUACCUUUAAGGAACGUACUAUUUUCGGGGACAUCCUGUAUAGUUCUGUUGGAUGUGCCCCUUCCUAUGACAACGAAAGAUUUUGGGCCCAUUAAUGUUUUUUUGUCCCUUAACUGGUAAGCUGGGGUGCUUUUUCGCCCCUUCAAGGCCAGUUUAUCCAGGUACCCAUAGUAAAAUCACUUUGUUAUUGUUUCUGAUCCGAAUCAAUUCGAUUCCAGUACCUUAAAUGCUGCCUGGCUGUCUGAUGUAAUUUUUAUAUACUUAUCCUUGCUAGUUCGGACAAACACACAUCUCUAGCAUGAAUUUCUACUUGGAAGAUAGUGGGAUAAUUACCCAAGCUUUCACUAAGGCUUAGCAUUGGUUCCCCUGAAUACUCCAACAUCUUCAUCGGUUUUCGAGCAGUCUGUAUACCAGCACUACUAUUUCAAACUAUAGAUGAUUAUUAUCAUUUAAUAGAUGAUUUCAGAUUUAAUCUUGUUAUCCUUUCAUCCUGCUUACUGGUGUCCUGUCCUUGCAUCCUUCUCCAUCUAUAUUCCACCUUAUAGUCCAAGAGGCAGCGCUGAAAAAUCUCUUUGAAUUUACUAAAGCUAGAUUUUUCACAGUUGAUUACUGUGAUUGUGUAGAGAAACAUAUUGCGGUCGGUCAAGUGAAACGUAGACACACAUUCUAAAUUAAAUAUAAAUAAAAGUUAUUAUAGUCGGUCAGCUGUAUGAUGGGACAGAGCUGGUCGGUCGGCCCCAAUGAAUAUACAGGGUUAUUCACUAUAUUUUGAGCCCCUUGUAAACUGCUUUAUUUACAGAAUUAGAAAAAAGUGUAAAAUACAAAAGUUAUUCGAUUUUUAAAUUAUGAUUUUUGACAUAUAUAUCAUACUAGUGACGUCAUCAAUCUGGGCGUGAUGACGUAAUCGACUAUUUUUUUAAAUGGGAAUAGGGGUAGAAUCCUAGCUCAUUUGAAAGGUUAUUCAAUUCCCUAUUCAGUAAUACAACAUUAACCUGAUUAAUUAUACAGGGUGUCCAAACAAAAUUUUUUAAUUAAAUUAAUUGUUUAAUUAAUAAUUCAAAAAAAUUUUUGGACACCCUGUAUAAAUAAUGAUCUUAAUGUUUAUAGUACUAUAUAGAGAAUUGAAUAACCUUUCAAAUGAGCUAGCACACGACAUCUGUUCUCAUUUAUAAAAAAAAAAUCGAUUACGUCAUCACGCCCAGAUGGAUGCCGUCACUAGUACGAUAUAUAUGUCAAAAAUCAUAAUUAAAAAAUCGAACUUUUGUAUUUUACAUUUUUUUUCUAAUUCUGUAAAUAAAGCAGUUUACAAGGGGGUCAAAAUAUGGUGAAUAACCCUGUACAUUCAUUGGGGCCGACCGAUCGGCUCUGUCCCGUCAUACAGCUGACCGACUAUAAUAACUUUUAUUUAUAUUCAAUUUAGAAUGUGUGUACUGAUUUUCAACCUUAGUAAAUGGAUUUAAUUACCUUCGUAGGAAAGCAACUUUGAUACCCUCUUAGUAACCACUGUUCUACGUUUCGUUUGACCGACCGCAGUAUGUUUCUCUACCUACACAAUCACAGUAAUCAAUUAUGAAAAAUUUAGCUUUUGUAAAUUCACAGAUUUUUUAGCGCUUUAUAUUGGAAAAUUAACAUUUUUCAAUAUAAACCGUCCACUAUAUUAAUAGAUACAAAAUUAGGAGCUGUAGCAGAAAAGUAUCUCAACUGACUCAAUUUAUUUUAUUAAUAAGUCCUGGUAUUUAUUACGUUUGAAAACGGACAUUUUGGAUGCUUUCUAUCUUCGAUCUUUGUAAAGAAACCGUGGAAUAAAGUAAAACAAUGUUAAAUAUUACCUAGGUAUUUUAAUGCAUAAAAUUAUAUACUCAAUGCUUGAAGGAUAAUAUAAAGAAGCAUUUGUUUUUUUUUAAUAUUUUUUCUCUUCGAACUUUUUUGUGUGCGGCACAUUUUUGUAGGUAUCUUCGUUUGGUGGAAAAAUAAAGGUGGAAAUUAAUAAUAGGUCUAUAACGCAAAGUACAUUUCUCAUUAUAAUUAUUUCGUUUUUUAGUAUGUAAUCAUAUAUUUAUCUAUUUAACAGCUCUAAUAUUCUAAUUAAGCAUUUUUUUAUCAAAUGAAGGUAUCAAGUUGUAAAAAGAACCUAAAAUUGUACAAAUAUUUCGACAUUCUUGAUUGUUUUCGAUAAAAAAUGUAGAUGUCUAUCAGAUUUUGUUGGUCUUUGUUCUCCUUAUAAUUAAAUUAUUCCAAACUUA